GUUUUUUCAUCUUUUCUUUUCUCAGUUCUCAACAACUGUCCUAUGGCUCCGAUUCAUUCCAUCAUUGGUCGUGCUUCGAAUGCUACUAAUGAUCCUACAACUCAAAUGCAGAUUAUAAGACGUAUCAUUGAGGAUAUUUAUGGAGGAUCAUGGGGUGUGCUCAUCAUACGAAGUCCUGAUCUCGUAUCUGACGAGGUGCACUGGACUAUUCCCGACCAUACCAAUGCAGAUGGCUCUCCAGCGUUUUGCCUUGCAGUGGUCAAAGGAUGGCAAUACAACGUUUUUAAGACUGGUUCAAAAGAUGCGCCAGAUCGAGUUACUGUAGAAGGUAUUGUUAAAAGGUGGGCAUUCGUCCUCUAUACAUGUACAUUGAAAGAAGCGCCUAGCACUACAAAGCAAUCUGAUGAGAAACAAAGACCGCAAAGAAUGAGUGUGCAAGAAUUCGACAGAAGGCUGGCAGCAGCAUUGCAAUUUGGAAACUGA